UUGUAGCAACGGCCUGUCAGCAUUCAUCGAUAUCUUUGAGCUUUUUAUGAAUUACAAGUUAGACUAUAUCUCUAUCUUGAGAGAAAUACAUAAGCCAUAUAAAAUGAUAAAAUUAUUAUUUAAAAGCGUGGCAAUCUUCAUUUAAUGCCUAUUUAGUUAUUUUGUAGCUAACUAUAUUAAUCAGCGAAAUGAGGCGAAAUGAUAAAUCUUGAGUAAAGCGACAUCCGUCAUGGGAGAGGGACAGUUUGUGGCGCUCUGGGAUAACAUGCAAUCUUCAUGAUCUUCUAUACCUUUAAGGACUUCUUGGCCAGAUGUAGUGAUUAGGUAAUUAUAAUUAACUAUGACUGAGGAAGACCAGAUUGACCAGGCACCAACACUAACAUCUGGUGGACCAGGAGGUAGUGGGGUCUUUAGUUCUGAGUCAGACACUAAAUCAAAGAUUAAGAUGGAUGAUGGCUGCUCAGAAAAGUCCUUCAUUCAGAAGACUGAAGCAGACAAAGAAGACGCCCCUCCCACUGAGGAAGAAGGCAGACAGGAUGGUAUAAAGACACCAGAGGCUCCUAAAAGCUCUCAGCCACACAGCACUGUCAGCAGUCCUCGGGUUAAGAGCAGUGCUAGUGGAGAGAUUGUCUUUGAGGCCAAGAAAAAAAAAUCAAAAUUGCUGGAUACUUCUACACCAGAUACCCACACUGUCACUUUCAGUGUCAAUAUUGCUAUGGCCAUCCCCACAGUGAUUGAAGACACCAUACAAUCUGAUUUAAGCGACACCAAGUACCAAGCGGAAGACGAAGAGUCCCCAGACUUGAAAGACAUGAAGAAGAAUAAGAAGCAAGUGUUUGAAGCUCCAAGGCCACAAAACUAUUACCACAUUGAGUACUAUCUGAUUCCGGAGGACAGUGAGCUGAUGAAGACAGACAUUGUCACCUAUGGCGUUGCUGCCAAGCUGUACAUGGAACGGCAUGAUGCUCGUGUCAUCAAGACGUGGCAAGAUGGGGAACUGACUUGGAUUGCUUGGGCUCACAGUCACACAAUGACCAUUACAAAGGAGCUUCUUCUGAAGAUGUUUGAUCACACUCUAGAACUGAGAGUGUGGGAUACUAAGGACAAAUGUUCUUCAAGAGCACGGUUUGACCGCCCCAAAGCUUUUCGUCUUCCGCAACCAAAACCUGGAGAAAACCCUGAGAAUGUUGGUGGUGUGAGAGCUAUGGUGAUGAAACAAAUGAAUGGUUUUCUCAAGAUGCAGCCAAGAAAAGCAGAAAAUAUACGUCUUUUGCCACAGAGGUGCAUGUUCCCAAGGAGUGAGCUUACCAAGAGAGGAUCUUCACACACUGGAACCAACAAAGCUCAGUCUUCAUCACCAGCAGGAGGCAGGAAACUCCGAGCCGUUGCCAAAAGCAACGGACAGGAAUCAAAGACUUUCGGUCAUCUGAACAGAUUAGCUGGAGCAGAGCAGGCAGACCAGCCAUUGGGAGGUAAGGAGUCCAGAAAGGCCUCAGCCAAAGCCAGCGAGCAGCAGCAAACACAGGGCACACUCAACCCCCAUCCCCCUCACUCGAGUCACACAUCCAGCGUGUCCUCCCACAGUCCCACUUCCUUGCCAUUUCAUUCCAACCAUCAGUCAAACCAGUCACCAGUUUUGGAGCUGUUCAAGGAGGUGCCACAACAGGACAGCGACACUGAGCGGCGCCAUACAAAAAAAGCAGAAGCUGCUGCGGCUGUGGCUGCAGAAAAUAUACGAAAGUUUGGCAUUUGCAUGAUACCUUUCCGAAUGUCACUGCUGUUUUCUGGUAUGAGGGCUGCAACAAGCAGGCUGAAGCAACCUGUACCUGGAGUAGAAGACAUGUUCAUUACCAUCUCUCUUAGCCAACCUUUGCUGUCAGAUGCCCAGAAACAGGAGCUGAAUCCUACAAUCAUCACCAUUGUUUCAGCUACCAUGAUGCCCAAUAUACCAAUGUCCUAUGAAGAGCUAAGCACAAGGUGCCGGCCAGUUUAUUGCCAGUAUCAAUUUUUUAAACAACCCAUUCACAUCACUGAUGGCAAGGAGCAUCAAAAGAACCUUUAUUUUGAUGACAAAAAUGUUGUAUUGCUGGGUCAGCAGGACCCUAGUGAACUCAGAGAGUACCUAAAAGGCCCCAGCAUGGUGAUAGAGGUGCAUGACCGAGACCGCAGGCCAGAGAACGUCAAGCUGAAGGCUACUCUUUUUGGAGAUGACCUUGAAGAUGAGAAGAUCAGUAAUGUUGGCACUGUGGCAAGUCGAAGGACUUUGCAUAAUGCUUUCCAUGGCCGUGACAAGCCUUGGGACCCAUACGGUGUUUGCCAUGUGGAUCUAUCAGAGUUGUUGCAAGGGCAUCGCUUCCUAGAACUGAGAUUACCAAUCCUUAAUUGCCCACAACCAGACACUCUGGGGCUAGACUGCCAUGGUGACAGGAAGGUUGUUGGUAUAGCUGGUGCUGUUGAUGGGCCAGUUGAUCACCCUCUAGCAAGAGGAGACUACAUGCAUGCAGGGUCCUUCCUCAAACUUCAGAUGGAGCUAGCAUACCCUCUGGUUACACCUGCUAGGUCUGGUGGCAAGGAAGAAUUAGAAUGCACUCUAACAAAGUGUCCAUUUGGCCGCAUCAUAUUUGUGUUUGCCUACAAGAACACCACCUUUCUUCAUAAGCUGCAGCAGCUGGUGAUGGCCAUUAAUAGUAGGGGUCUGGACAUGGAUGAUAUGCCUCCUCACAUCGUUGAAAUUGCCCUAUCGACUUACAAACUGUCGAUAGAGCAACAGACCAGCAAAGAGCUGGAUAUUGUGACGGGUUUCCAUGUGCUGGAUGGGGAGAAGCACAUCUUUGUCCUGGAGGGUCUAAUAGACAAAGGAGUAAGGCAGUUGUUUGAGAUGCUUCCACGCCCUGAAAGCUCUGAUGUCCGUGUUUUGUACAAUUCGGACCAUAGCUUCAGCCACCGACUCUAUGGAGCACUGGAUGUAGACCUGUGUCGAGUGAAACUUCAUGAGCCCUUGUCACUGGUAGUGCAACAAUCGUUGCUGUACAUUCGCGACAUGGUGCCUCCCGCUUGCUUUCAAGCUCUUAUAAGAUUGGAAGAGAUCACUCGAAUGCAUCUGCUGAAGGACGUUGUGAAAAACAAUAUUUUCCCCACAGCUGACAUGGUGAUAUCCAUGAGCAAAGAGUUUGGAGUACCUUUUACUGCUGAGGACUUGGAAGAGCUGCGACCUGACUGGGAGGCAGAUGCUCAACCUGUGAAGGAAGAGAGUGAAAUAGAGAUAUCAGCAGUCAGAGUGCAGACCCCACGUGCUUGGAUGCCCAUUGACAACUUCAACAAGGCUUUUGUAGACAGCUUGGCACAGAGAAAAGAAAAAAUGUUAUCCCAUGAUUUUGUGAAAGGGAAUGUAGAGGAAGUCCAGAGAGUGAGCAGCAUCAACCAGCUACUGAAAGAGCAGACCAUGGUGCCAACAGUCAGAUGUGACACGACAGUAGCUCACAACUACAGUAUUCAGACCCUUAACUCCACGGAGCUUGCCAACCAAGCACUGAGACAUGUCUUAAAAGAGGACCCUGACACACGGUUUACACGAUGCCAAGACUUCCAGCAUUCCAUGACAGUCUCACCAGUUGAUCCUCAGGCGUUGGCAAAGCAAGAAGAACAGGAGUCCAAGGCUCACUGGCGUACAAAGACUGGGUGGAUCUACCCUGGCAAACGUUCCAUGAUUGAGAGCAAUGUCCACCCAUCGAAGCCGCACAUUUCUCGCAUUGAGGAGCUUCGUGAAAAAUGGCAAGAAAAUAUCAAGCAUGUCAGUCUGCUGCAACCACCAUUGGACCGUGAUGCAUUCCCAUUUAAACUUCGGCAUCAUGACUUCCAGCUGUAUGGCCGACCCUCACCUGCUGUUCAGGAAACACCACUGUCAAUUCACUUGGCUGGAGUAAGGAAACAGGCAGAGAAGUUAGAAGCAUAUCAAGCAGAACAGCAGCUUUGGCAGUCACGGCUGGUGGUAGAUGACAUACGUCUAUACACUCACCGUCUCUUGCCAGCUACUGAAAUGAAAGAUUCAGGAUUUUACUCUAGCAACCAGAUUGAUCGGCUAACAAGCCUUUUAAAAGAUCCCCCUCAAAAACAUUCCUUGAUGCAAAGCAACGUGCGUGAUAUACCACCGUUAAGUGUCGUCCAUUAUCCAUCUGUUGACUUUCUGGCUCGAGAGAAGGGGCUGCCCUUGCCUCCAGCUCCUCCUGAAGUGUGGGGUGAACAGAAAAAGGGAUACAAACCAGGCCCAUUGAAAUUUCGUAGUUUGACAGCUAAAGACAACUAUAUACCAGUGUAUGACUACGAGCAUUUGAAAUAUGCUGCUCUCUAUGGACAUGACUUUGAUGGCCUCUAUAAAGAGAGACAAACUCUGUGGAAGCGACCCAUUUUUCCACUAACACAGGAAGAACGAGAUAACCAUUAUUUCCAUCAGCCAGUGGCUUCCAUUGGUCUGCAAGCCUUGCCACUUCCUAAGAUUGGCAGUCAGUUUGAGGCUGAACAGGACAGAACAGAAAAUGCAGCUUUGCACCAAAAUAACCCAGGUCUACUUAUGAUACCAAGGGAGCAAGAGGUUAACCUCUCAUAAACGGAAAGGUUGUUCUGAAUGAUGAACUGGUAAGUUAUUUUGCACAAGAUCAACUUAAGAGACUGGCAAAUUACUGUAAGAGGUCGCUUGGAAAUAUAAUAUCUUGUUAAGACAGAAACCAUCUUAAAAACCUUUUACACAUUGUUCACUAUCAAAUUAUUUAGAAAACUGAGUGUAUUUUUUAUGCAAGUGAAAGCACACGAGGUAUUAAGCAAACAGUUAUGUUCUACAGCAGAUGUUGUUGUGUUUAGUCUCAUAUGGUAUUGCUGCAACUCAAAUGGAAAAAAUGCAUUUCACAUGAUGCGGAAAUUUCUUUCUGUUUGCUUUCAACUUUGAGUUUAACUUUUCUGAUAAAACAACUGAAAACAUUUCAUUAAUAUAUUAUUUCAUAGACUGAUAUGUCAUGUAUAAGUGAUUGUGUUAAAGAAACAUUUUAACAUUUUAUAUGUCUGUUCUCUUUUGCUGGUUUUAUUUCUUUACCAAUUAAGUUAUUUUAAAGAUAAGCUGCACUAAUAUCAUUUAACUGAAUCUGUAUUUACAAAUACAUGCUGAAAAGUCUUUGAAAGAAUGCCAUGUAUAUUAUUGAAACAUUUUUAAGAUAAAUUGUUUUGUCACAUGCUUUUUUUCCAUCAAUGACAUCUGGCUUUCCUUGUGUUGGAUCAGUGGUUAUAUUAAUUGAUGAGAACAAAAUACAUGUUACAAGAAAUGUCAGAUAGAAGUAUUUGUCUUAGAAGUAUUUUAAUGCAUUAUUUUAUAUUUGCAUGAGGCAGAGGUCAUAAAUGUUACAGGAAAUGUUACAUUAAUGGAAGAUAUCCUCAUGGCCAGUGGCCUUGACUUGAAAGUAAAAGAUUGCUGUUUCAAGGCCCACCUAAUCUGUUGCCAGAAAUCUCCUCCUUUCCACCAACGGAAAUGGUACUUCAUUUAUCAGAGAAAGCAGGUGUGGAAGGAGAGGGCUGGGUUUUUAUUUCCAUUUCAUGCCUUAGACAACGUGAACCACUUACUUUUCCUGGCUCUACAGCCAUUAUGCCAUGGGAGCCUUUACUUUUUAUUUGUGCUGCUAUUUUUAGCCAGAGUAUUAUCGCUCAAAGAACAGCAUUAUUUCUUCAGUAUGAAUAGAUUGCAAACAUACUUUUAGCUGUGGUACAAGUGCUGGAGUUACUUGGGGUACAGCAUCUGGCUUGUCACCACUUUCCUUUCGCCGAUGAUGCGUGGAACAUGAACAUGUUUCUGGCUUAGUGAUUCCAUGCAACACAUAAUGACCUCUUGUCUUCACCUCCAUGCAAUCUUUCUUGAUAUCCCUUGUCUCUCCGGUAAAAUUUUACCUCCCUUACAGUUUUUAUAGCUCUUUUUGUGAUGAUGGAAAUUGCUGAAGAUUUUUAUUGAACAUUUACAUAAAUUCUAACAUGUAUUAUUAGAUCUUUAUUUACUUCUGUCUCAUUUUGUUUAAGUGACAUUUUGACUUUUCCAGAUGAAAAAAUAUAAAUAUAUGCACAUGAAUGCACUUUAUUCUUGUCCUAUAUUUUCAGCAUUAAGAUCUUGACAUUACCUGCAAAAGAAACUUACAGCACUGAAAUCUUUUUUCAAGUAAAUAUUUAAAAUGUAUCAAAACGAAAUGUCAGCAUUGAACUUGUGUACUGUGGGCAUAGCAAAAUGCAUGUCAGUUGUUUUCCAAGAACCUUUCAGUAUUGUCAAAUUACCUGGGAUUGUUGCUGCUGUGUCCCAUACGAACUUUUAGUCUCAAAAUCUUAUCAAGCAGUUCUUGUUCUUGUGUUCCAGGCCAGUUUUCAGCAUUAUAAUACCAAUUUUCUUUUAGUAUUCAUAGCAUUACCAAUUAAGCAUACAUUUUACAUUUUGGAUAAGAGUUUGAAUGAAAUUUUGAAAAAGAAUGUUCUUUUGGAAAUUAUUUUUUGUCUACAUCAAUAAUUUCUGAGUUCUUGUUUCAUGAUGUAAUAGGUAGGUAGUCUAGCCACAUCACUUGCUACUUACUGGGAAGAAACAAUGGAUAGGAACAAAAUGAAAGUGCAUCUAAAAUAUCAAAUGAGAUGCCAUACUCUGCUUUCAUUUUUAAAUGUUCCUAUUGACAGUUUUCUGAUGUACUUGUACCAUCAGAAGUUUAAAAAGAAGAGUUUUCAUGAAGGGAUUCUAGAGCUCAAACACUUUGGAAAUCUUAACAUUUUGCAUGAUAGUGGACUUCCAUAUGUAUUGCAUGGUUUGUAUGAAUUAUAUUCAUAUUUAUAUAUAUAUUUUCCUGAGAAAGUACUGUGCCUGUACAGGUUUUUCAAAAGGGACAUUUUUGUCACCUUCCACUGCUGAACUACUGCUGGUCCCUGUUAAAGUUAUCAGAUAUCAUGCUCUUCACUCUAAUGCUUACUUUGUUGGGUUUUUUUUUUACUCCUGCUGAGAUUUACUGAAAAGCCUUAUUGUAUCUUAGACAGCCUAAUUAAUCCCCUUAGAAUACUUUGAUAUCUUCAAAUUGUCCGUGAAAAAUGUUGAAAACUUGGUGUGUACCUAUGUAACUGUAUAUACAGUAAUCUGGUUAUCUAUUGGUUUAUCAUGCACUUCUGUGAUACUGAAGAUAUUAUUCUCUUCUGGGUUUAAUGCUGUGUGUAUAUUUAUUGCUGCAUUGAGCACAUUGGUAUCUAUAGCUAAAGUUAACAUCAUGAAAAAGGCUUGUCAGAGAUUGUAUUAGUUUACAUUUAAUGCAACAGUGACCCAGAAACAGCACACAGUGUGUACCAAGACAUAACUAGGGCCUUAAACAACACGCACAGUCCACCUCUUUAUAGUUAUCCUCUUAAAAUAAAACAUGUUUCAUAACCACAUGGCCAGAACUGGUAUUCAGGGCCUGUACAAUGUAGAUGCUGAACUGUACUCAAUGAUGUUCAGGAGAGAACUAAUGUAUUUUAUCAGCUGUAUCACUUUCCAGGGCAGUGCUGACAAAUUUUGUAUCCCUAUAGCAGAUAAGAACAGUCACAAUCUGGAUCUCAAUAGAUACAUUUAUUGAUUAAAGUGGCCCUGAAAAAAUAAUUUGUGCCUCUAUUGGAAUUGCCUUGAUAUAAUGUAGUUUAUACCAAUAUAGCAGUUGCCCUGAUAUAGUUUAUACCAGUAUGACUCGUGCCCUGACAUAACAUAGUGCCCACACAGCAGGGCUAAAAAAAGGCAGAGGACAGGUGUGUCAGUUCCCUUUAGACAGAUAUUUCAGCUGGUAUCAAGAGAGAUAUAGUUUUUGCGUAAAAAAAAUUAAUAUAUUAAUAUUUGUACAUGCUGUGUUUAGAUGAAUACCUUUGAUAAACAUUUUGAGUAGUUGUAUGUCUGGAGGUCUUCUAUGCAUUUGUUUUCUAUUAUUUGCGUUCAUUUUAUUCUAAACUGGAAAAUGAUGUCAGAUUCAUAGCAAUAGCUAUUUCAUGAUUGUUAAGUUCUGGUCAUAUGAUGGCAAGACCCUGAUUCAAAUAACUUAUAUUGUGCUUGUUGGAUUUGUACAGAGGGUACCACACCCACUGUGCUCACAAAUUGGUGGUACAAAAGCUGCUGCAGUGUACAAACUAUUUUAUUAUUCAUGUACAUAAUUUCUGUAUUUUGUGGUUGGGAUAAAGGUGUUGGGAGGGGAAGGGGUGAAGUAGAAAGUCAGUUAUCUUGUUUUCAUAUUAAGAAUCUGUCUAAUAUUAAGAAUAUGUCUAAUGUGUAUAACAGCUCCUGUUGUGACAUUUCUUCUAGUAUGUUGUAUAAUUUUAUGAACAAAACGAGAUAAUACAAUAGCUGUCUGAAAAGCAUUGUUCAGGAAUCCUCAACCCUAAAAAAAAAAAUCAAAAAAAAAAAAUCAAAGCAACACCCCACAAAAACACUGGUUCUUUGCAGAAAAAGACUAAGCUAGACUGUAAGUUUUACCCUUUUACAAUAAUUGAAAUUGUCAUAUUUUUCUUUAGGAACAUCACAAAGCUAGAAUUUCAGUUGUUUUAAGUCAAAGUUUAGCUGGACAGGAACAUAUCAGCCAUGUGAGCUUAAAGCAUAAAAUUGGAAUCACACUAAAUAAAAGCAAAAUUUGAAUUUAACCUGAAAAGCUGUCUACACAUUCUCAUUUUGAAUGCCUUGCAGAAUGAAAAUAUUAUGACAAAAGAACUAGUAAGGCCUGCUGCUGUAUCAAACUGUCGAAGCAACUGUUUACUGAAGAAUGCUAACAGGUUGAAUCAUACAAGCUGUCUUUUAGUUGCUCAAUCCCUUUUAAAAGCAUCAUUUGAUGUGUAUGUUCAUAAUCAGGUUUAUUUCUUUCAAUGACGGUAAAUGUCUGUGUCUGUCAUGGUAUUUUGCAAACUGCCACUUAAGAUUUUUUUUGCAAGCAAUGUAAAAUGUUUUCCAGAAACAUUAAAAUACAUAAAACAAC